UAUAUAUAUAUAAAAACCAGUGUAAUUAGUAAAAAACAAAAAAACUGUCCCUGGGAAGUGAGACGGCCCACAGAGUCGCGCCAAAAACGUGGAUCUACAGGCCAGGCAUCUUAUGUUUAACCAGGUGUACAAGGUGCUGGCUUUCAAGGGCUCCUCCACACCUACAGACACACGCACACACCACCAGAUACAGGAAGAAUUAAUUGAUGAGCUACAGAACUACAGCAUCGUUCAGGUGGCAGCCGGAGACCAGCACUCUCUUGCUCUCACCUCCUGGGGCCUGGCGAUAAACAGUGCACACGCGGGACUGAGUCACUCGGUAAACACAGUGCAGCGGGCCGCGGGUGGCGCCAAGCAGUGCGCUGUGGUGGCCAGGGGACAGAGUAUGCCUUGUGCGGGAAUUUUAAUCGAUUUUAUCUACGCACGGGGUGACAAUGGGUACGGUCAGCUUGGCGUCAACUCCUGCGACAGUCACACCGCCACACGCAAGCUUGUCAAGAGUCUGGCCAGGAAGGUGACAGUGCAGCUGGCCUGUGGCGCCAACCACACCCUUGCCUUGACUGCUGAUGGUGACAAAAUACCUUCGGCCAGUUGGCACUUAGACACCGACAGGGGCCCCAGAAGGACCCUGCCCUGGUGACCUCCUUGGCUGGCACCCUCUUAGUCCUGCUGGCCGCUGCGGGUCACCACUCUGCUGCCAUGACCCAGGCCGGCUACCUGCUGUUGUGGGGGUCAAACAAGCAGGGUCAACUGGGCUAUACUCCCAAGGGUGAUCCUCUUGUUAGUGACACCCCAGCGUUGGUGCCGAAUUUGGCCUCUUAUUCUGAACCAUUUGGGUAUGUGGCACUUGGAGAGAGCCACACAGCGGCACUCGACUCUUUAGGGAAGGUACGUAUGUGUUUAUGUGUGUGUGUGUGUGUGUGUGUGUGUGUGUGUGUGUUUUUGUCAAGUAUUUCUGUUCCUUCCUUCAUUUGUUCUAUUUUGUCCUUGUUCUUGUUGUCAUUUUUCUUCUUCAGUGUUUAGCUGUUGAGCAGGUGAUGUGUUGCAGCUCCCUGGCUCGUCGAAAACCUGAAUAUUUCAAUUUCCGAGCCACUGUGUGACCUGCAGCACCUCACUGCUUCACCCUUAGGGAGAACACAUUAGGCCAGAUGGUGAUUAUAACACUGCUCAGGUGACGUAGUUAAGCUUAUCAGGUGAGAAUUAAAUAUGCUGAACAGAUGUUAAGCUAUUUGUAUGUCCAGGGGGAAAUAAUAAAUAACCUAACCUAACCUAACCUAACUGAUACUGGCCAAGAUUAAGCUGCGUGAGUGAUUAGACUGCAGGCAGCGUAAAUAAGCUUGUUAGGUAGGAAACUGCAUGUUUGUCCAGGUGAUCUGACGUGUGACUAACUUA